AUAUUUAAUGGAAAAUAAUUUCAGUGUUAAACUUUCUUUUUUUGAUAUUAUAAAGGAUCGUCAUUCUUCUCCAGAAUACUCGCUAUAUUCUUCACAAAAUAUCACAAAUCAGUCUAAUAAUCAACGGUCACCUUCACCUUUUCCUCCUCCGUCGUCUUUUCCUUAUGAUGAUUCAACUUCGGGUCAACCUAUUGUAGCAUCUGCCUCACGUGGCAAAAAACGAGCAUGGACAAAAGAAGAAGACCAAGCAUUAUUGGAUUCAAUAAUUAUUGAAUUAUCCGGUCAUUGGUCAUCAAUUUGUUCUCGAAAUAAAUUACUUGCUCAACGUGGACCCAGUAUGGUAUCUCAAAGAUUUAAAAAUUCAAUUAAACAUAAAUUAUUAGGUGGGGAUAAUUCUAAUUUUGUAUCAGAAACUGGAAAUGAAAAUGGAAGAGGUAAAAGGAAAACCAAUAGUAAAAAAUAAUUAAAAGAUAGUUAUAAUACCUUUUUAAAUAAAUAGAUCAUACUGAUUUAAUAAAACUUACAAUAGUAAAGAAAUUUUAUAGCUAAUAUUAUACGGUUUUUAUUUAUAUAUGAAAUUGAAUAAAUAUUUG